UUAUUCUGAACUGGACUGUGGAAAGACCGCUUCAGCUGUGGGAGUCGAAGGCGAGGAUUUUAAUACCACUGUCUGGUACGGCGGAGCUGGCAAAGAAGAUCGUGUCGCUGGUCGCUGUCAUCACAAAUUCCUCCGUCAAGUCACCGUCAGGUGUGACAAACACGAUAUUGGCUCAACGGCACCGUCAAAGCGCUGAAACGGACGGUGGACCUGAUCGUCCCACCGACCUGCCUGCUUGGCUUCAAAUAGAAAACGCGAUUUCUGUUGUUCCUGGUAUCCUCCGGUAGCAGCUGUCGACAACCCAUAGCAAACAUCGCGUGCUGUAUAUAGGCUCCCAUUCCAGCAAAGAGACAUGUCUUCCAGGGAUCGCCGGUCCGACGUCUACAUCAAGGCGGAACCGAGCAGUCCGGAGGGGGGCGGGGGAGGUCGGACCAGUCCCGGCGGGGCCUCCUCCGACUCGUCUCAGAGCGGCGGCGGAGAGACCCGAGGAGACGGUGCCAAACGCUAUUCGCCGCCGCUCUACACGCCGGCCUUGCGUUGCCACUUCAAAGACGAGAGCGGCGACGGAGCGGACGAGGGAUCCACGGCAAAUGGAGCCGGGCGCUGCAAGUAUGCGCUGAGCACGUUACCCAAGAGGCUGUGUUUGGUCUGCGGCGAUGUGGCGUCGGGCUACCACUACGGCGUGGCUUCGUGCGAGGCCUGCAAAGCGUUCUUCAAGAGAACCAUCCAAGGUAACAUUGAAUACAGCUGUCCUGCAUCGAAUGAGUGCGAGAUCACCAAAAGGCGCAGAAAGGCUUGCCAGGCAUGCCGCUUCACCAAGUGUCUUAAAGUGGGCAUGCUGAAAGAGGGAGUUCGUCUCGAUAGGGUCCGGGGUGGACGGCAGAAGUACAAAAGGCGCCCCGAAGUGGAGAAUGCAACAUACCAGAGUGUCCCCCUAUCGCUGACUAAGGACAACGAAAAGGGUUCCUCAAACAUCAUCGUGUCCCACCUGUUAGUGGCCGAGCCAGAAAAGUUAUUUGCAAUGCCGGACCCCCUCCAGCCCGACACAGCCCAGCGCACACUUACCACCCUUUGCGACCUUGCUGACCGCGAGCUGGUGGUCAUCAUCGGCUGGGCCAAGCACAUUCCGGGCUUCUUGUCUCUGUCGCUAGCAGACCAGAUGUCUGUGCUACAGUCGGUUUGGCUGGAGGUGCUGGUGCUGGGCGUGGCGUACCGCUCACUUGGCUGCGAAGACGAGGUUGUGUUCGCCGAGGAUUUUGUCCUUGACGAGGAAAUGUCCCGCGUUGCCGGGCUGACGGAGCUAAAUGCGGCAAUCAGUCAACUCGCCCGACGUUUCCGCGCCCUAAAUGUGGACAGAGAGGAGUUUGUCAUGCUCAAAGCCAUCGCGCUCACUAACUCAGACUCUGUUUACAUCGAAGAUAUGGAGGCUGUGCAGAAGCUGCGGGACCUCCUCCACCAGGCCCUGCUGGACCUGGAGUGUCAGCGGCGCCCGGACGACCCCCAGCGAGCCGGUCGCCUCCUUUUAACGCUGCCGCUACUCCGGCAGACCGCCGGUCGGGCUCUGACUACUUUCUACAGCAUCAAGACCCGCGGUGGUAUCCCCAUGCACAAACUAUUCUUGGAGAUGCUGGAAGCCAUGAUGGACUCUCCCUAGAGGGGAGCAGCAGCAGCAGCAGCAAACGUACGAUGACGCCGAGACUCGACUCGACGGUGAUCUAAAUCUAGUGGGUGAGUCACAAAAGAGGUUUUAUUAGAGAAUUAAUCAUAAGGAAAGAAAUUCUUUAAGUUGUUACUGUCAAGCUUCGGUGAGCACUGUCAAGUUCCACAUGUGCGUGGAGAAAAACGGAGAAGCGAUACAACCCGAAUGCCAAGUUACUUGCAGUGGCCUCCGUGACGCUUCAUCGCAGCAUCAUUCUGCAGUCGCAUAAACCACCGGAGAACAUGGAAGUCGUGGAGAGCGGGACUACAGUCAUGUGACCUUUGAACUUUGGAGCUAAUGCAACAGUGACUCAUGAAAGCCAUAACAUAUCCGGAAAAGACUUGAGGGUCCACUUUAGUACACAGGGUGCAUUAAUUUAAUCUAGCUUAGUGCCGUUGUAGGCAGUUUUUUUUGUUUUUGUUUUUUUUAAGACUCGCAAUAUGCUAAAAGCAAUAUAAGGAAUUGAUUAUUGUCUGUCACCUUAGUCAUUGGCUGAUAGUUUCCCACUCUCAGGACCCCCAAGGACUUUCAUUUGAUUUCAGCCAACGGGCUGGUUUGGACCCGGUAUGAGUGUAGGGCUGCACAUUUAGGGCCAUAAUGAUCAUUUCACUUGGUUUGGAGCAGUAUUUUGAUCCCAAUUAUUAUGGACAAUUAUUCACCAUAGUAGAGAAAAUACCAGUAUUUUUUUCAGUGCAAAAUAAAACUUUAAAAAGAAUUGAUAUUUUAGAAUGUUAGUUAAAAGUAUCAGUUAGAAAGUGCUAACCGAAAUGCUAUUAUCUUGUUUCCACACUACUUGCUCUGAAUCCGAAACAAGCCUUUCAAUGCUCUUGAUGGUUCACAUCUCGAAUUUUUGUUGCACUUUCUUCUCUCGCCAAAAUUCUGCAGGUUGUGCUCACUUGUUAUUUGGGCAGCCUAAUGAAGCCUUAACCAUGCGUUAGCCUCCUGGCUGACGACUGGUUGGAAAAAGUGCUUGAUAAUAUUUCCAGCAGAGCCCACAUUUUCAAUUUAGCUGAUAAUCCGGUUUAAUGGUGGUGACACAAAUUAUGGAAUUUGAUCAAUUGUGCAGCCCUAUAGGAGACAUGUUAAAAUAUGUGAGAGGUUUCGAACCACUGAUUUAAAUGUCUUUUUUUUUUAAUUGUAUAAUCUGGGAGAAUGGCACAUGAAAGUGUGCCCCUAGAAUCCUCCUCUUGGACGCUAACGGUAUUAUAAUUUGUCUUUGUCAAUCCUUUUGGCACGCAAAAAAAAAACAAAAAAAAAAAAAAAAGGCUUCCAUUUGCAACAAGCGAAUGACACUUUAGUGAGUGUGGCAACACUGAGGUCGCCGGACAGAAAUGCGUUCCCCAUACUGUUGUCUUCUUGUUCUGCUGCUCUGAAAAAUGGUCUGACGUGUUCCAUCCGUGUGCUGUUGUAAGAUUUGGUGCAUUGAGGAAAUGUGCAUUGUAAAAGAGACACUUGUUUCAAUAUGUCUGUCCGUACAUGUCUUGAACUUGUAAGCGCCUGGAACGGGCUCAGGGCAACUAGAAAUGCAACAUUGUGUGUUGAACCCUCAUCUUGACCCUUGACCCCGAAGCCCUGUUUCUUUGUACGGUAGGUAGACUGUGAGCGUCGUCAUGAGCUUCACAUUCAAUGCUGUCCAAAUCUGAUUCUCCUAAAACCCAUCCGUGUAUGUAUAUUGGCCAAAGUGCCAUUAAUCUUUUAGCCAUGUACAGUGACAGUAAUACAACUAGCAACAUGCAAUUUAUAGCGAAAGGUGAUCAAGCCAGCAAACGUGACAAUUUCUUCUUUACAAAUGUACAGUAUUUGUGCUGCUUAUAGUGUAUCGGAAGUUUGUUAAAAGAUUUCCUCUUUUUUUUUUUCCAGGCGUGUUUAUUUGGUGUUGAGGAGAAUGGGUAAGAUUUAUACACUGUCAUAUUUGUGGGAUGGAGAUUAAGCUGUUCAUUUGGAACGUCAGGAAUGCAACUUUUUUUUUUUUCUUUUUCUGGAAGCUGUUGUCAUUGCAGGGAUCAAAAUAAGGUUUCCACCGGAUUAGUGAGGCUGCAGAAGUUUAAGGGUAUCCGUAACAGCCAAAUAACUGUGAAGACAGUUUUUUCAGAUCGGGUGACUUGUUUAUUUAAAUUACCGUUUGAGGUACAUUCAAUGUUUUGCAGUUCGACAAAUGUUUUUAAAGCUCUUGUCCCAUAAAUUUGAUCCUUUUUUUUUUCUUGCUUACUAACCACAGUUGUAGAUGUGUGGGGGAAAGAAAAUGUUAUUUCACAUGAAGCUGGAAUGUCUUCACAUUAUUACUGUAUAUUUUAGGGAUAUUUUAAGAGGGUCAUAGGAAACCAGAUGUCUAAUGGAAUGGGAAUCAUUUGCAGUGUUGCAAUUGCAAUUAUAAAGUCAUAUGUAGUUUGUGUACUUUUAAUAUAAAUUAGCAAUACAAUAAGUUACCAAAACACUUGUUUCCUUGUAUAGUCGCUGUGUACAUUUAACAUUGCAAGUUAUGAGAAAUAGCCACUAAACAUUUAGCUCAAAUCAAUGUUUGUAUUUUGACAGACUAUUUAAAUGAUUAAAUUCUAUUUUUUACUCAAUUUACUGUUUGUUGACAUUGCUUUAUUUUUACGUGUUUUGCUGGCUGUGAAUUUAUGUGUAGACUUGUUUUCUUUUAAAGUUAGGUAACAUAGUUUUUGAUGUCUUUCGUCUAAACAUGUCCACAUUAAAAUCACUGUGAAUAAAAGUGAUAUAUUCCACUGUCUGAGGAAACAGGGAGUGGAUUAUUUUGAGGUGCUUUGUGCUGUGAAAUAAAUGGACACUACCCACCUCA